AUGAAGGCAACCCAAACUCCCGUGCAGGCCGCUCGCCAGCCGCCUGCACACGUCCGCGCGCUCACGUUUGUCCUCGACGUGGCCUGCGGCCGACAUGCACUGUCGCCGCUGAUUCCCGCGGCGCUCUGGCUCGCCGACGCGGUCCUCACCUGCCUGGUGAUUUGGAAGGUUCCCUACACGGAGAUCGACUGGGUCGCCUACAUGGAGCAGAUUCGGCAGUUCGUCCACGGCGAGCGCGACUACACCAAGAUCAAGGGCGGCACCGGGCCGCUCGUCUACCCGGCCGCGCACGUCUACACAUACACGGGCCUCUACUACCUCACCGGCGAGGGCGAGAACAUAUUGCUGGCGCAGCAGCUGUUUGCCGUGCUGUACAUGGCGACGCUGGGACUGGUGAUGCUCUGUUACUGGAAGGCCAAGGUACCGCCAUACAUCUUCCCGCUCCUGAUCCUCUCGAAACGUCUACACUCCGUCUUCGUCCUGCGCUGCUUCAACGACUGCUUCGCCGCCUUCUUCCUGUGGCUGACCGUCUACGCCUUCCAGCGGCGGAUGUGGGCGCUCGGCGCGCUGGCCUACACCUGGGGCCUGGGCAUCAAGAUGUCGCUGCUGCUCGCGCUGCCCGCCGUCGGCGCCGUGCUGCUGCACGCGCGCGGCUUCUCGGGCGCACUGUCGCUCGCCUGGCUCAUCACCCAGGUUCAGGUCGUCAUCGCGCUGCCCUUCGCCGCCGCCAACACGUCCGGCUACCUCGCGCGCGCCUUUGAGCUCUCGCGGCAGUUCAAGUUUGAGUGGACCGUCAACUGGCGCAUGCUCGGCGAGGAGACCUUCCUGAGCCGCGGCUUCGCGCUGCUGCUGCUCGGCCUGCACGCCGCGACGCUGGCCGCCUUCCUGGCGACGCGCUGGAUGCGCCCCGCGCGGCGGUCGCUGCUCGAGAUGGCGCCGGCGUGGCUGCGCUUCCGCUCGGCGCUGACGCCGGACCAGGAGAUUCGCGUGUCGCGCCGCGUGACGCCCGAGUUCGUCACGACGGCGAUGCUGUCGGCGACGCUGGUCGGGCUGCUGUUCGCGCGGUCGCUGCACUACCAGUUCUACGCGUACCUGGCGUGGUCGACGCCGUACCUGCUCUGGCGCGGCCUUCCCAACGCCGCGCUGGUGUACCCGCUGUGGCUGCUGCAGGAGUGGGCGUGGAACGUGUUUCCCAGCACGAGCGAGUCUUCGACGGCCGUGGUGGCCGUCAUGGCGACGACGGUCCUGGCGGUGUACUUUGGCACGCGCAACGAUGGGCUCGAGGUCAAGCCGGCGGUGAAGAAGCGAUAA